AUGAUGGCCGAGGAUGGGGGAAAUCUCUCCGGGGUCCCCGACGCAAGGGGCUCGGAGGGUCGCUCCUCUCUCCCGAGGACUUUCAUCCGGCUCAACGACCUGUCCGGGGUCGGGAUAGGAGGCGGGGAGCGCGGCGAGGUGGUGGUGGAGCCGGCGUCCCCGGCGCCUGAUGGGAUUUCCACUGCCGGGGAGGAAGCGUCGGCGUGCGGUGAGGAGAGCCUGCCCUACCCCACCCUGGCCCCCGUGGUCUUCUUCUACCUGAAACAAACCACCCGGCCUCGGAGCUGGUGUCUCAAGAUGGUCUGCAACCCAUGGUUCGAGCGAGCGUCCAUGUUGGUGAUCCUGCUGAACUGUGUGACACUGGGCAUGUUCCAUCCCUGUGAGGACAUCGACUGUGACUCUGAGAGGUGCAAGAUCCUGCAGGACUUCGAUGACUUCAUCUUUGCAUUCUUUGCCAUUGAGAUGGUGAUCAAGAUGGUUGCUCUGGGGAUUUUUGGCAAGAAGUGUUAUCUUGGAGACACGUGGAACCGCUUGGACUUCUUCAUAGUAGUGGCUGGGAUGUUGGAGUACUCCCUCAACCUGCAGAACGUCAGUUUUUCAGCGGUGAGGACGGUUCGCGUGCUGAGACCUCUAAGAGCCAUCAACCGAGUGCCAAGUAUGCGUAUCCUGGUGACCCUGCUGCUGGACACCCUGCCCAUGCUGGGUAACGUGCUGCUGCUCUGCUUCUUCGUCUUCUUCAUAUUCGGCAUCGUCGGCGUCCAGCUGUGGGUCGGCCGUCUCAGAAACCGCUGCUUCGUGGAAUACAACUUCCCCUUCCCUCUCGCUGCUGAAUACUACCACACUGAAAACGAUGACGAGAACCCCUUCAUCUGCUCUCAGCCACGCGAUAACGGCAUGAGGGACUGCAACUCUGUGCCCAAGCUGUAUGAGGAAGGAGGCCUGCAGUGCAACCUGGACAUGUACUCUAACAGCACUGACAACACCACCUGCAUCAACUGGAACCAGUAUUAUACCAACUGCUCUGAUGGUCUUUUCAACCCCUUCAAGGGAGCCAUCAACUUUGACAACAUCUUCUAUGCCUGGAUCGCCAUCUUUCAGGUGAUCACUCUGGAGGGCUGGGUGGACAUCAUGUACUUUGUGAUGGAUGCUCACUCCUUCUACAACUUCAUCUACUUCAUCCUACUCAUCAUUAUUGGCUCAUUCUUCAUGAUCAACCUGUGCCUGGUGGUCAUCGCCACUCAGUUCUCAGAGACCAAGCAGAGGGAGAGUCAGCUGAUGAAGGAGCAGCGGGUGCGCUUCAUGUCCAACGCCAGCACCCUGGCCUCCCUCUCCGAGCCGGGCUCCUGCUACAACGAGCUGCUCAAGUACCUGGUUCACAUCAUCCGCAAGGGGGCCAAACAAGUGGCCCAUAUCUGCAGGCUCCUGGCUCGCCGUGCCGGGCUCAAUAUUGCGGCCUCGCCCCCGGCCACAGAGCCCCAUCGUAGCCAGAGAAGGAGGAGGAAGUCCUCCAGGCAGGGAUCUGUGUCGGUUCAUCACAUGAUGCAACAUCAUCACCACCACCACCAUCACCACUACCACCUGGGGAAUGGCAGUGUGAGGGGAGGAGGGAGCAUCAGGUGUCUGGAGAGAAGGGACUUGGAGGCUGGCGCUCAUAACAACAACGGAAGCACUCUUUUAGCAAGCACCGACACAGGGCACCUUACUUUAGCCCCGCCGUAUUCAGUGACAGCAGCCGCCUCUGAUACAAACCUGGCCAUUUUGUCCAAUCCUGCUGCGGGAGCUGCAGACUCAUCUUCAGUUCACAGUGUAUUACACACAGAAACUCUUCGCUGUACCCCCUCGCCCACAAACCUGGGGCCGACUCUGGGCCCCUUUUCCCUUGCCCCAGCUCCCAUCUCAAUGGCCAUGAAGAGGAACUCUGUACCAUUUGCUGCCCCAGGGCCUAAAAACUACCCCACUCUGCAGGCUCGAGCCCAGGCAGAGUCCAGACGAGGGAGUGCUGCUGCCGGCACUCUGACUAACAUCAACUUGAGCCUGAAUAUCCCACCCAUGCCCUCGGAAAGGCGGCCAUCGAGCCCAGGGGACACACACACUCCCACAGCCCAGCUGUCGGCCCGUGACCUCAGCACCACCAGCAGUGCCAUGGACACAGCCGCGUUGACACUGGACCCCGAGAGUUGCCCCUACUGUGCCAAAGCCCUAGCCAACGAAUCAGAGGGCGGCACUGAUGGCAACGAGGACUCAGACAGCGAGGGCGUAUAUGAGUUCACCCAGGACCUCCACCACAGGGACGGGAGAGACAGCCGGCAGCCCAAAAGGAAGCACCAUAGGCUGGGCAAAACGGCGGCGAACAUCGUUCGUUUCUGGAGGCUGGUGUGCGACACAUUCAGGAAGAUUGUGGACAGCAAGUACUUUGGACGUGGGAUCAUGAUCGCCAUUCUGAUCAAUACUCUGAGCAUGGGGAUCGAGUACCAUGAGCAGCCUGACGAGCUGACCAACGCAUUGGAGAUCAGUAACAUCGUGUUCACCAGCCUGUUCUCUCUGGAGAUGCUGUUGAAGGUGUUGGUCUACGGGCCCUUUGGCUACAUCAAGAACCCCUACAAUAUCUUUGACGGCAUCAUCGUGGUCAUCAGUGUGUGGGAGAUCGUGGGUCAGCAGGGCGGCGGUCUGUCGGUGCUCAGGACCUUCCGGCUGAUGCGGGUCCUGAAGCUGGUCCGCUUCAUGCCGGCCCUGCAGAGGCAGCUGGUGGUGCUGAUGAAGACCAUGGACAACGUGGCCACAUUCUGCAUGCUGCUCAUGCUCUUUAUCUUCAUCUUCAGUAUCCUGGGGAUGCAUCUGUUUGGCUGUAAGUUUGGGUCGGAGAGGGAUGGAGACACGCUGCCAGACAGGAAGAACUUUGACUCUCUUCUCUGGGCCAUAGUCACUGUCUUCCAGAUCCUAACCCAGGAGGACUGGAACAAGGUGUUAUAUAACGGCAUGGCCUCCACCUCCCCUGUAGCUGCCCUCUACUUCAUCGCGCUCAUGACCUUUGGCAACUACGUCCUCUUCAACUUGCUGGUGGCCAUCUUGGUCGAGGGUUUCCAGACAGAGGAAGUGUCCAAGCGGGAGGACUUGCAUGCCCAGCUGAGCCUAAUUCAGCUGCCUGUAGAGUCAGGGGGUGAUGCUUCUAAAUCGGGUUCGGAGAUCGAUUCCUGUGCACGAAGUAUGGAGGACGUUAACGGCAGCAAGAAGGAUUUAUCAGCCUCUGCAGUAGUGCCUGUAAAUGGUCAUGUGGACCUGAAGACCAACUUGACUCCACCUCUAAUUACCCACACGGCCGCCACUCCCAUGCCCGUACCCAAGUUGCCUGUCGGAGGUGAUCCCAUCCUGGGCUACGAGUCCCGUCGAGGCAGCAACGUCUCUGUAGACCCAGCCUGCUAUGACAAAUCACCGACCAGUGCCCGCAGCACUUCUCCCAAUGCUCCGUGGAGCUCUGGCAGCGGCUGGACCAGCCGGCGGUCCAGCUGGAACAGCCUGGGUCGUGCCCCGUCGCUCAAGCGCCAGAAGCGGCAGUCCGGGGAGCGGCGGUCUCUCCUCUCCGGUGAGGGUGGCUCCAGCUCAGAAGAUGGGGAAGGUGGAGGAGAAGGGGGAGGUGGGUUGUUGGAGGACGAUGACGCCUCUCUGGCCAGGACUGACUCCAUGUCCCAGUCGCAGAGAGGACCCCGACACCGGAGGAUGGAGUCAGUGGAGACUCGGAGCUCCAUGGAUUUGCCCCCUGACUCUCUGCUGCAGGUGCCCUUCCUGUACCGCUCAGCCAGUAUGCACAGCUCCAGACCCCCUUCACUGGGCCACUUGCGGCUCCCAGAGCACAGCGAUUGCAACGGCAAGGGUUCUCCGUCAGUCCUGGGCCCCACACAUGUCUCUCUGGAGGACAACACUGAAGAUGAGAAUGCAGAAGAGGAGGUCAACCUGGGUCGUUUUGCCAGGCUGUUCCGCUGGCUGGAGAAGAAACAGCCCGAGUGGUGUCGACAGAGAGACACCUGGUCACUCUACCUCUUCCCUCCAGAGUCAAGGUUUCGGGUCCUGUGCAACAAGAUCAUCACCCACAAGAUGUUUGACCAUAUCGUGCUGGUCAUCAUCUUCCUCAACUGCAUCACUAUUGCCAUGGAGAGGCCUCGCAUCGACCCCGGCGGUGCUGAGCGGAUCUUCCUCACGCUGUCAAACUACAUCUUCACGUCGAUCUUUGUGGCUGAGAUGUCUAUAAAGAUCAUAGCUCUGGGCUGGUGUUUCGGGGAGAAGGCCUACCUGAGGAGCAGCUGGAACAUUCUGGACGGGAUGUUGGUGAUGAUAUCUGUAAUUGACAUCCUGGUGUCUCUCAUCUCCAAUUCUGGGACCAAGAUCCUGGGCAUGCUCAGAGUGCUGAGGCUGCUGAGGACCCUGAGGCCACUGCGGGUGAUCAGCAGAGCCCCGGGGCUGAAGCUGGUGGUCGAGACCCUGAUGUCAUCGCUGAAGCCCAUCGGCAACAUCGUGGUCAUCUGCUGCGCCUUCUUCAUUAUCUUCGGCAUCCUGGGAGUACAGCUCUUCAAGGGGAAGUUCUUUGUUUGUCAAGGAGAAGAUGUGAGGAACAUCACCAACAAGUCAGACUGUUUGCAGGGCAACUUCAAAUGGGUCAGGCACAAGUACAACUUUGACAACCUUGGACAGGCUUUGAUGUCUCUGUUUGUUCUGGCUUCAAAAGACGGCUGGGUAGACAUUAUGUAUGACGGACUAGACGCUGUGGGGGUUGACCAACAGCCGAUCAUGAACUACAACCCGUGGAUGCUGCUCUACUUCAUCUCCUUCCUGCUGAUUGUGGCCUUCUUCGUGCUCAACAUGUUCGUGGGCGUGGUGGUGGAGAACUUCCACAAGUGCCGGCGCCACCAGGAGGCCGAGGAGGCCAAGCGCAGGGAGGAGAAGAGACUGAAACGCAUGGAGAAAAAGAGACGGAAUUUAUUGGUUCCUGGGGUGAGUUGGGCCCUCUCUGAAGGCACAUUGAAAGAAGCUCAGAGUAAGCCCUACUACUCCGAUUACUCCCCCACCCGACUGCUCAUCCACAAGAUGUGCACCAGCCACUACUUGGACCUGUUCAUCACCAUCGUCAUAGGGCUCAAUGUCAUCGCCAUGUCCAUGGAGCACUACCAGCAGCCUGAGGAGUUGACCGAGGCAUUGAAGAUCUGUAACUACGUCUUCACCCUCAUCUUUGUUCUGGAGUCCGUCUUCAAGCUGGUGGCCUUCGGCUUCCGACGCUUCUUCAAGGACAAGUGGAACCAGCUGGAUCUGGUCAUCGUGCUGCUGUCCAUCAUGGGCAUCACCCUGGAGAAGAUUGAGGAGGCUUCUCUGCCAAUCAACCCCACCAUCAUCCGCAUCAUGAGAGUGCUGAGGAUCGCACGAGUAUUGAAGCUCUUGAAGAUGGCGGUGGGGAUGAGAGCGUUGCUGGACACCGUUAUGCAAGCCCUGCCUCAGGUGGGGAAUCUGGGUCUUCUCUUCAUGCUCCUCUUCUUUAUCUUUGCAGCGCUGGGAGUGGAGCUGUUCGGUGACUUAAUUUGCGAUGAGCUCCACCCAUGUGAAGGUCUGGGGCGCUAUGCUACAUUCAGAAACUUUGGGAUGGCAUUUCUUCUGCUCUUCAGGGUUUCCACUGGAGACAACUGGAAUGGCAUAAUGAAGGACACGUUAAGGGACUGCGCUCAUGACACCAGCACCUGCUACAACACUGUGGUCUCUCCCAUCUACUUCGUCUCCUUCGUUCUGACCGCUCAGUUUGUCCUGGUCAACGUUGUCAUUGCUGUCCUGAUGAAGCACCUCGAGGAGAGCAACAAGGAAGCCAAGGAGGAGGCGGAGCUGGAGGCAGAGUUGGAGCUGGAGAACAGGCUCCAGGCGGAAGAAAUGGCAACGAGGUCACCCCAGCUCAACCCACUGGCACCGGGCAUGGACAGAUCGAGUUCUGGGGGUUCCCCCUGGAGGUCCACCGGAGGAGGGGACAGGGAGCAGGAAAGGGACGGUCCUAUGGACUCGCCCACUGCUGAUAUAACCAGAGACUCUGUCAACAUCACAUCAGACCCUGCUUCAUGCCUGGAGCCCCCUCUGGAGUUUGUCCAGCGGAGAGCGCAGUUUGACUCGGUCUCCCUGGUCAUCCAGGGUUCAAUGGAGGGAGAGUUGAGUUUGAUGGACAACCUGUCUGGCUCUAUCUGCCACUACUACGCGCUGCCCCCCAAGCCCAGCAAGCACAGCACCGACAAGAAGCCAGAGCAGCUCGAUCCUGGGGAGCCACUGGAGGAAAACCUGCUGAGCGUCAGGAAGCCUGCGGUGGGACGCACACACUCCCUGCCCAACGACAGCUACAUGUUCCUCCCCCCGCAGCCCCUUGGCCACGCGGCUCCAGCACAGCUUCUAGCACAGACGCAGGGGCCCCAGCACACGCUGGGCACCCACAGGGCCCAAUCAGGCUCCAGUGGCUCGGUGCGCUCGCAACCAGAGGAGUUUUCCCAGCAGCUGACCGUUCCCACAGACCUCUUCAGACCCAUCAGCCCCCACAGCCACUCAGACUCGGAGAGUAUACCGCGACUACCCCCUCCCAGACGCACACACACACUCAGCCGCACGCUUCGCAGACAGGUUGCAGUGUCUACUGACUCCCAGGAGGCCCUGUGUUCAGACGGAGGGGAGAGCAAUGAUGGACUUAUGAAUGAGGCCUCUCUGAGCCUCCCUCCAUCCCCCUCAACCUCCUCCCCCUCCAACUCUCCCUCACCCUGCUCCCAUCAUCAUCAGCAGCCUGCUCUCUGCCUGGUCCCCGCCACACCAGGCGCCUCCCCCAAACCCUCGCGCCCCAGCAGCGUGCACACCCAGCUUCAUGACCAGCACUGCUUCACCUCUUCCUCCCCCUCAUCCUCAUCCUCCUCCUCCUCCUCCUCCUCGCCUCCUCCACCACCCUUACCAGCCAGGCUGCACCAACAUGAGGAAGCCUCGGUGGAUCAGGAAGUGUCCCUCAUUACCCACGCAGGGUUGGCUGGCAGUGACGACGUCAUGACGGAGGACAGUGGUGAUGGCGGUAAUGAGGGUUACAGUAGCUACGCAGGCUGCCAGGGAAGCCGGAGUCCAUGUUUGAGGCAGCUGAAGAGGUUCCACAGCGCUGACGCCCAGGGUCGCAGCGCCCUCCUGCCCCGCCCCCGCCCUUACUCCUGGUUGGACGACCCGCGACGCCACUCUGUAGAGUUAUGCUCCUCGGUGGAGUCCAGCCCCCAGCGCAGCACCACCUCCACUUCCUCCGGCUUCGUGUCACGAGCCGACAGCCUGCAGAUCCACAGCCAGACCCCCACUCAGACCUCGCUGCCCUCACCCCGACGCAAGAAGAAGAUGAGCCCGCCCUGCAUCUCUGUGGACCCCCCAGACGAAGUGGAGCCUCAGCCCGGCCUCUACCCGGGCAUGGGUGGACUCGGGGGCAUGGGGCUAGGGGGAUUGGGGAUGCCCCCUCCUCUGCCCAGCCGGGACACCUGCCUGAGGAGGAGAGCGCCCUCCAGUGACUCCAAGGACUCCUUUGACCUGGGAGCUGGAGAGGGUUCGGGACAGGACGGAGGCUCGCCAAACCCCAACACCAACCCCAAGCUACUGACUCUGCCCAGUUUCUCCUUCGAGAAGACAAGCUCUGAGCACUGAACACUGACAGUCCGACACACACACCAACACACACACACACACACACACACACACACACACACACACACACACACACACACACAGCCGGAUUAACCCUCCACACACACAAACACACGAUGCACUCUGUGUAUCUGUGAUGGUGAUAGUUCUAGUAAUAAUGCUGUAGAGAGUAAUAAUGGUGAAACUACAACAAACAGUAAAAACAUCCUUGGUUUCAUAAGGAGUGCAGUACUGUAGUAGUGUGACCAUCCCUUGUCUUUGUAUUGUUACUGCCAAAACAACCAGAGAAGAAGAGAACACACGGAACAACAACACAAACAUGACUGGUUCUCUUCUGCUACGCCUGCAUGCCACUGGCUGCAGCUUGACCCCAUAAGCUCUGGAGUGACACCAGUACCUGGGAUCUGGCGCCCUCUGUGGUCGCUGUCUGAACUGCCUGGUGUCGCACGGGGCGGGCUUUGCCCGGUCAGUGGAGGUACAAAGCAAUAUGAACGUUUUAGAGACACUAUUUUCUUAAAUUAUUGGGCCAUAGUGUUUGU